ACCAUUUUCGAUCUGCGUGCAUUGGAGAGCUUCGUUGCUAAAGGAAGCAUGCCGGAGUCGCAACAAGACAAAAGACGGAGGGUCCACGAGAAAGCUCUCGAGAGCAUGGUGACUGCUAAUGGCUUCUUCUCCACCGCCAUCUUCGUCGGUCUGAGUGGCACGGUGACGCCAUCUCCAGGCAUCCCCACCAACUGCCUCGCAGGCAACGACAUCAGCAGCCAGCUCGUCCUGUUCGAGCUCCUCUCCUUUGGUUGCUACUUGGCGUCCACUCUCGUUGGCCAUGGCACAAGGCUCAACAUCAUACACCUGAUUGAAACCACGAGUCGAGAGAAGGAGGAGCCAAUGGUCCUCCGGUACAAGAUGGUUAUGGGGUUGUCGAUGCUGUUGUCCAUCCUCGGAGGCUUGUUCCUGCUCAUCUCGAUUAUCCACCUGGUUCAGCUCAAGUUCGGCCUCCUUUCGUGCGGCGGUACAGUUCCAUGGGUGUUGCUGAUAGUGCUUGGACCAUUGCUGGCUGUCAGCCUUUCUUAUUACACAUACACUCUCUACAGGGCCAUCAAAUCAGAUGGAUACCCAGAGUACUAACUAAUCCUCGGCGUGCUAUGCUGUACUACGUACGAUUAUUUAUUUGUCUGUCGUUAUUAUUAAAAUAAAUAAAUAAA